CCCGGGUCUUUUCCCCGCAGCCCGGCUCGGCCACAUCCCCGGAGCCCCGCGGCUCUCGAGCUCCCUGGCUGGCGGCUGCGGGUCCCGCCGGGCACCCCUCCGCGCUUCACCCCGGGACCCCCCGCCGCCCCGCGCCCUCCGCCCGCCAGGCUGGGCCGAAGACCCCCACCCCCACCCCGGCGCCUCCCUCCCGGUACCCGGCUCCUGAGACAAGAUGCCGUCGGGCUUCCAGCAGAUCGGCUCCGAGGAAGGGGAGCCUCCGCAGCAGCGCGUCACCGGGACCCUGGUCCUCGCCGUGUUCUCCGCGGUGCUCGGCUCCUUGCAGUUCGGCUACAACAUUGGGGUCAUCAAUGCCCCGCAGAAGGUGAUUGAACAGAGCUACAAUGAGACGUGGCUGGGGAGGCAGGGGCCUGACGGGCCGGGCUCCAUCCCUCCGGGCACCCUCACCACCCUCUGGGCUCUCUCCGUGGCCAUCUUCUCUGUGGGCGGCAUGGUCUCCUCCUUUCUCCUCGGCAUCGUCUCCCAGUGGCUGGGAAGGAAGAGGGCAAUGCUGGUCAACAACGCCCUGGCAUUGCUGGGGGGCGCGCUCAUGGGCCUGGCCAACGCCGCUUCCUCCUAUGAGAUGCUCAUCCUCGGACGGUUCCUCAUUGGUGCCUACUCAGGGCUGACAUCAGGGUUGGUGCCCAUGUACGUGGGGGAGAUCGCGCCCACUCACCUGCGGGGCGCCCUGGGGACACUCAACCAACUGGCGAUCGUCAUUGGCAUCCUGAUCGCCCAGGUGCUGGGCUUGGAGUCCAUGCUGGGCACUGCCACGCUCUGGCCACUGCUCCUGGGCAUCACCGUGCUGCCUGCCUUUCUGCAGCUGGUCCUGCUGCCCUUCUGCCCGGAAAGCCCCCGCUACCUCUACAUCAUCCGCAACCUGGAGGGGCCCGCCAAACGGAGUCUGAAGCGCCUGACCGGCUGGGCCGACGUGUCUGGGGCCCUGGCUGAGCUGAAGGAGGAGAAGCGGAAGCUGGAGCGCGAGCAGCCGCUGUCCCUGCUGCAGCUCCUGGGCAGCCGGACCCACCGGCAGCCCCUGAUCAUUGCCAUCGUGCUGCAGCUGAGCCAGCAGCUCUCCGGCAUCAACGCCGUUUUCUAUUAUUCAACCAGCAUCUUCGAGUCGGCGGGGGUAGGGCAACCAGCAUAUGCCACCAUAGGAGCUGGUGUGGUCAACACCGUCUUCACCUUGAUCUCGGUGCUCUUGGUGGAGCGGGCCGGGCGCCGCACCCUCCAUCUUCUAGGCCUGGCGGGGAUGUGUGGCUGCGCCAUCUUGAUGACUGUGGCUCUGCUGCUGCUGGAGCGCGUUCCAGCCAUGAGCUACGUCUCCAUCGUGGCCAUCUUCGGCUUCGUGGCGUUCUUUGAGAUUGGCCCCGGCCCCAUCCCCUGGUUCAUUGUGGCCGAGCUCUUCAGCCAGGGGCCUCGCCCGGCAGCCAUGGCCCUGGCUGGUUUCUCCAACUGGACGUGCAACUUCCUCAUUGGCAUGUGUUUCCAGUAUGUUGCGGAUGCUAUGGGUCCUUACGUCUUCCUUCUAUUUGCGGCCCUCCUGCUCGGCUUCUUCAUCUUCACCUUCUUAAAAGUGCCUGAAACCCGGGGCCGGACGUUUGACCAGAUCUCAGCUGCCUUCCGUCGGACACCCUCUCUCUUAGAGCAGGAGGUGAAGCCCAGCACGGAACUGGAGUACUUAGGGCCAGAUGAGCAUGACUGAGGGACCAGGCAGGGUGGGAGAGCCAGUUCUCUGUCCCCAGACACCCCCUCCUCUCCUCGGUGGCACUUUAACCCGCUCCUCCCCAGCACUCCCGGGGAGAAAGCCCCUGCGCCUGUGGGACUGGGGAGCUGGAGGGAGGGGCGGUCUGAGACCCUCAUUUCCCUCGGGUGACACUGUUGGAUUAUUUGUGUUGUGGUUAGGUUGUGGCCAUCAGGGUGGGCCAUUCUCCCCUCUAUCCCUCUCCUCCUCCCUCCGUAGUUCACCCCAACCCGCUCCAGAGUGUGUUUGCGCCUCUGCCAGAGGAGGGCUGGAGGAGAGGCUCCGGGACUGACUUUAGGGGAGUGAACUGAGGUACAGAGCGGAAUGGCCAAGGAAAAUCAGUGUCCUUCGCCUCGGACCCUCCACCUCUCUGGCACUUUCUCUCAAUUCUUGUCACAUAGACUCUGGGUGAAGGGGGCUCGGUCUUGACCCCUCCAAGGCGACGGAUGCAGCCUCCCAAGGCCUAACUCACUCUCGCUGAAGGCUCAGUCCUCGUCCUCCACCUGCCCACAGGGGAGAGGAGGGAUAGCAAGCGCUGCCUCUGACGCAGGGCUCUGCUCCUCUCCCGUCUGGAAGGGGGUUGAACCCAAAGGCUUUUGACCAACCAAGGGAAAGAGCUGUGAAAGGCUGCCAGUAAACCUUAGGCUGGGAGGAACCUUCAGAUAUUUUUGUAUACGCUUGAAAAAGAAGGGGUAGGGAGAAGAAACCAAAAGUCUGUUGUACUAAAUGUAAAUAUAUAGAUACGUAUAUAAAGUCACUGUGUGAGA